ACAAACACUUGCCUCCCUGGGUGGGACCUGUUGUGGCAGCUCCAUGGACGUGGCCGGGUACAAACCCACAACCUCCUCCUGUCUGUAGUUCAUCAUUCUGAGUUCAUCCUGCCAUGUCAUGCGUGGCCAAAGCUCCGGGGCUCUGGAUGCUGGUUCAGGGGUUGAUAAUGAAUCUGCGUGAGACAAAUGGACAAAGCAAGAUUAGGCACUAAGAGAGAAGGGGCCUGACUAAUAAUAUCCACCACUGACAAAGGAGGAAGGGAGAGCGAGACAAUUUGGGGUGCGGUUAAAUAGAGGGACGCCACAUUCUUGGUCUCAUCUCUGUUUCGUCCAUCCUGCCUCUGUGCUGUUGUCGCAUCUCUCUGCUGCUUCUGACACUGUAAAAUCUCAUCAGCAGGAUGCCUGAACACGUGCCAGAGGUCUCCACCCAGAGGAAACCAAAGAUCUCGGCUUCCAGGAAGCUGAUGCUCAAGAGUCUGAUGGUCGCAAAAGCCAAGGAGGAAUUGGAACAGGAGAUCCUGGUUAAAGAAGAGGAGAAAGAGAAGUAUCUGGCAGAGAGAGCGCCUCCUCUCAACACCAGCGGCCUGAGUCUUGCACAGCUUCAGGACCUCUGCAGGGAGCUCCAUGCCAAAGUAGAUGUGGUGGACGAGGAGCGAUAUGACAUUGAAGCUAAAGUAAUGCUCAACACACGCGAGAUUAAAGACCUGAACAUAAAGGUGCUGGACCUCAGGGGGAAAUUCAAGAGGCCUAAUCUCCGACGUGUUCGUGUGUCCGCUGACGCCAUCCUCCGCUCGCUGCUGGGCUCCAAGCACAAAGUCUCCAUGGACCUCCGGGCCAACCUCAAGUCUGUCAAGAAAGACGACACUGAGAAGAAGAGGCCAGUCGAGGACAGCGACUGGAGGAAGAACGUGGAGGCCAUGUCCGGGAUGGAGGGAAGGAAGAAGAUGUUCGAUGCUGCUAAGGGUCCUGCCCAGUAAACACAGAGGGCGUCACUGGUGUCAUGUGAGCGACACACGCUCCUCCAUCGUCUGAACUGGUCUAUCGCGUGUUCUGCAUAUCAGUCUACUGCUGUCAGUUUUGUGCAUGCUCCUGCAGUGGAGGUGUAAAAAACAUGUAUCCACACUUUAAAAAAAAAAAAGGUUUACCCACUUUCUUUAAGGACUGAUCUGUUUUGCUGUUCGUUGACAUGGUGUUGAAAUGACUUUAUUUACAGUAUGUGCCACGUGUUAUUAUUUGUAUUGUUCUCAUAACUGAUGUCGCACCUGAAGCCCAGAGAUGUUGGCUCAUAUCUGUACAGCAAAUGUAGAAAAAAGGCAGCUUGUAUGACAACAUACUUAUUAAUUAAUAAAUGUCGGAAAUGUUUGUUUGACACUUAACGUUU